AUGAAGCGGACGUCGCAUCGACGUCAAACACGGUCGUGCAGGACAGUCGGGGCCGAGAUCUGCACGCCGGUCCUGCACGAAUCUGGCGUCGACCGGCCGCUCCGCUUUCUCGGCUCUGCCGUGCUGUUCCGCCACGUCGAUACGCCGGCGCCUUCUUCGGACACCAGUUGGCCCGACGGACACGGAGCGCUGACCAUCGACACGCACGUGCCUCCGUCAACCACGACUCAGGCCCAUUAUUCUUCCCGUCUGGUCGACCCAUUUCAACGGUUCCAGGGUACCCUGGUCUCGCUAAAAUAUGCGAGCAAUUCCGAGCCUACACGUAAUGCUGGUGGCCCUGCUGCCGUCGCUGAAAGGGAAUGGCCCUAG